GCUCUAUUGGAAAGGGAGCAAGCAAGAUUGCAGAGACGUUGGAUUAAACUCCAGCAAACGCCGAGAGAGGUGCUGCUGGUGAAAGAUUUAAUUCUUUCCUCCGUAUCUUCAAGAAGAAGCAGGAGCUCAGGAAGAAGAUGGACAGUCUAUUAAAGAAAGCUAUGGAUAAUCAUUAAUACAAAGUUCCCUCUCCAUGUGCCUCCCUUUUUCCCAUCAAAGAAGACAGAAACCGCAAAGGACAAAUCCAUGAGUCUGUUUUUAAAAAUCAUAGUAAUCAUUCAAAUGACAAAAAUUGCCAAUUCAAACUUCCAAAGAGUUGAUUGAUACAUUUUCAGACUUUCAUAGAAUGCCAAUAUACAGCUAUUUCCAUGGUCUUUUCUCAUAUAACAAAAUGAGGCACAUUGCCACUUGAAAGCACUUUAGAAAGGUUCACAUUGUGGCAGAUGGGGAAAGGUUGAAGAAAACCCAAUCCAUCCCCGACUGCACAGCCUCUUCGGCUUCUUCCCCCAACCCUGCCCUCCACUGGUCAAAUUUCAUCAUAGAAUCAGAACUUGAUAGCUCUAUUGAUUGAUUGUAGAGAGUCACCUCUAGAUAUUUUCACACUGACUUGGAAGAUUGUCGAUGUACCAAAAAAAGAAAAUGAAGUUAAGGGACGCUUUGGACUACUGAUCCAAGAGGCUCGGAAAGAGUAGCCCAUGUCCAGUAAGCAAAACGACCUCCACACCUGGCACCUAUCAACAAAGACUCUACUUUUGAAUGAAGAACUGCUGUUGCCAUCAUCUGGACCGCCUCAGUGUUCAGCAUUUGGAUUAGAUGCAGAGCUUCCAUGCUGAUCCGGAGAGCCUCCCCUAAGCCAGGAUCGGCCUUGCUCCAGAGACCAGGCAUCUCUGUUGCCCAAGAAGCUUGCGCUUGGCCUCAGCUGCCAUGUUGCACCACGCUGCUUUCUUGUUGCACUGCCUCCCACUGGUCAUGGGACAGUAUGACAUCUGCAAAUCCUGGGUGACCACGGACGAUGGGCCAAUGUGGGAGUUUUACGCCUGCCAGCCCAAGGCGGGGCCCAUGAAGGACUACGCAACGGUGAGAGUGGAUCCAUCAGGAAUCACCUGUGGGAAUCCCCCAGAGAGAUUCUGCACUCAUGAAAACCCUUACAUGUGCAGUGAUGAAUGUGAUGCUUCCAACCCAGACCUAGCUCACCCACCCAAGCUGAUGUUUGACAAGGAGGAUGAAGGCCUGGCGACCUACUGGCAGAGCAUGACAUGGAGCCGCUAUCCAGAGCCAUUGCUGGCCAACAUCACACUCUCUUGGAACAAGAGCAUUGAGCUGACCGAUGACAUUGUGGUGACCUUUGAAUAUGGGCGUCCCACUAUGAUGCUGCUAGAGAAGUCCUUGGACAAUGGGAGGACUUGGCACCCAUACCAGUACUACGCAGAUGAUUGCAAUGAAGCCUUUGGCAUGCAAGCCAGGAGGGUCCGGGACCUCUCUGUCACCAGCGCCAACAGGGUAAUUUGCACUGAGGACUACUCCCGCUGGGCGGGGUCCAAAAAGGAGAAGAAUGUCCGCUUUGAGGUGAGGGAUCGUUUUGCUAUUUUUGCUGGGCCCGAGCUCAGAAACAUGGACAACCUUUACACGCGGCUGGAGAGUGCCAAAGGCCUGAAGGACUUCUUCACCUUGACAGACUUGCGAUUGAGGCUCUUGAGACCGGCGCUAGGAGGCACCUAUGUGCAGAGGGAGAACUUGUAUAAGUAUUUCUAUGCCGUCUCCAACAUUGAAGUCACGGCCAGGUGCAAGUGCAAUCUCCACGCCAAUCAAUGCACCUUCAGAGAGGGAAGCCUCCAAUGUGAAUGUGAGCACAACACCACUGGGCAGGACUGUGGCAGGUGCAAGAAGAACUUCCGUAGCAAGUCAUGGAGGGCUGGAUCCUACCUGCCCCGCCCCAACGGCUCUCCCAAUGUGUGUGCCGCUCCAAACUUUGGCACCACUGUUGGGCAGCCUGCUGAUCUCCCUGCUUCUGUGUCUGUCCAAGAGACACAGAUCAAAACAGGAGCUACCAGCUCUUCCGGUGUGGCUCCAUUGCAAGUCAGCUCCUCUGCACCCAAGGCUGAGGUUGGGAUUCAAGCUGUUGAGAGCCCACCAAGCUCAUCUAUGGAGAAACCCAAGCCUGUCCCAAAGGAGUCUCCAGAGAACAUCAGAGCCCCUUCCAAGACCAAGCCAGCACAUGGUGCUACCAAGAAACAUGGCAAGAAACCAGCCUCUCCCAAGAUGUCCAAACUCAUCCGGCUCAAAUCUGGCUCCGUUCCAGUGGCACCUAUUGAGACGUUUAAAGAUUGUGAAUGUUAUGGCCACUCCAAUCGGUGCAGCUUCAUUGACUUCCUGAACUUGGUGACUUGCAUCAGCUGCAAGCACAACACCCGGGGCCAGCACUGCCAGCACUGCCGCCUGGGCUACUACCGGAACAGCUCCGCAGAGCUGGACGACGAGAACGUCUGUCUGGACUGUAACUGCAACCGGAUAGGCUCAGUGGCCAACCGCUGCAAUGAGACCGGCUACUGUGACUGCAAGGAUUUUGUCACCGGGCCAAAAUGUGAUGAAUGCAUGUCUGGCUACUACUGGAGACAAGGCUGCUUCCCUAAUGUCUGUGACGAUGAGUUCCUGAUUUGCCAGAAUGGGGGCACCUGCUAUGAAAACCAGCGCUGCCUCUGCCCCCCCAGCUUCAAGGGUGUCCUCUGUGAGCAAACCAAAUGUGAGGGAGAGAACCAGGACUGCGACACCGCCGCGGACCCCAGCGCCUUCCUCAGCACCUCAGCCUUGCUGCUGAGCACCCUGGCUGUCCAGCUGAGACAGUUUCUUGACCUCUGAAACCCAAGCAAAGGUGACAGAAGCACCAGGAGGAUUCAGGGAGCUGGGUAUCCUUCUCCCCAGAGCGGUUCUGGCUCUUGUGUGGAUGUGGCUGCAAACUUGCUGAGACUGAGCUGACUAUAUUAACGGAGCAAAGGAGGAGCAACCUACCACACUUGGGGGACUGGGAAGGGGAGGGGAGGGAAGGGCAUGCAAAGAACUUGCAAUGGCUUCCUCAUGUCUUUUCAAGAGCCCUUCGCUAUUGCACAGAGGAGUCUGCCAAAAACAUGCCACUAAUCUCCGGCAUUUAGUUGCGCAGCUGUUUGUUUGAGUCUCUUUUCCGUUCUCCUUACGUCUGUUUGUUUCAGGAGUAGCACUCCUCACAGAUACUGGCAGCUAUGGAGCUCGGGAUAUUGGGGGGUGGCCUUGGGGAGGGAGGCAAAUGACUUGUGCACCCGGGUCCACCCUGCCGACGGUGGUGGCAACGGCCUGCUCCAGCCCAGCCCUGACGUUAUACUGUUGCCUACAAAUCAAGUUGCUGAAUUUAUUAAGUUUUUGUACUUUUUUCUCCGUUUUUAUUCUUUGGUUGUGAGUCUUCAGUUUUUCCUUUUCUCGCACUCAAGAUCAGGACCGAAGAAGGCCGCUUUGUACUGCGCCAAAGUGUAACGUGCUAAUCCAGGCUUUGCCGUAGAGUUUACGGUUCGGAUACUUUUUUUGUAGAGAAUUAUUUUUGUUUGAUUAUAAAUGUUCUAAAAGGAAAAAAAAAAGAUGAACCACCACAGCCUCUAGAGAGAGAUUUUACCAUAGGCGUUAUGAUGUAAUAAUCCCCACUACAGUAAAGCAACCUACUAAUUGCU